AUGGGAUGCUCAGAAUCUACGCACUUUAAAUCAUCUAUGAUAAUGAGUCGAGAAUCUACUUUAGACACAUGCAAAAAUUCUCCUGUUAAAACAAUUAUUAAGCCAUAAGAAGAUGACUUAUUAGACUUUGUGGAUUUUGACACAUCAGAAUUAGCAAUUGAAUAAACUAGUUAUCACUUUUACGAUUCUAUUUUGUAAAGAGUAGUUUCAGUUCCAAAAUUAAAAUCAAUAACUACAUCAAGUAUUCUCUCUAGAAGAAAGAAUAAUAAGAAAUAUUGA